CGUGACAACUCAUACUGUUGAGCAACAGCGUCUAUUCUAAAGUUCAAGGUAUCGUCUAUGAGUUUGCCCGGAGCCCAGAGUGUCAUUUCGCUUUAACACCGGUGACCGGUGAGUUUGCCUCAAAGAAGACUUUUUAAAUUCAAAGAAGCCAUGGGAGAGUGGGGAUUUCUGUCCACUCUGCUGAAUAAGGUCCAGUCCCACUCCACUGUGGUGGGAAAAGUCUGGCUCAGCGUGCUUUUCAUCUUCAGGAUCAUGGUGCUUGGAGCAGGAGCUGAGAAGGUUUGGGGAGAUGAACAGUCCAAAAUGGUUUGCAACACCCAGCAGCCUGGUUGUAAAAAUGUCUGUUAUGACCACGCCUUCCCUAUCUCUCACAUUCGGUUCUGGGUUCUCCAGAUCAUCUUUGUCUCCACACCAAGUCUCAUCUACCUUGGUCAUGCCAUCCAAAUCCUCCACAAAGAGAAAAAGAUGAGAGAAUAUUUGCAAACCCACAAAGACCAGGGGAAUGCCAAAGUACCCAAGUACUCUGACGAAAAGGGCAAACUUCAGAUAAAGGGCAACCUGUUGGGAAACUACAUGACCUCCAUCUUCUUCAGAAUCAUCCUAGAGAUAGGUUUCAUUGUGGGACAGUACUACCUGUACGGGUUUGUGAUGGAUCCUCGGAUCGUCUGCGUCCGGGACCCAUGUCCCUUCACCGUGGAGUGCUUCAUGUCACGACCCACAGAGAAAACCAUCUUCAUCAUCUUCAUGCUGGUCAUGUCCUGCAUCUCUGUGAUACUCAAUGUGGUGGAGAUCUUCUACCUGGCUUGUUCCAGGUCGUCCAGGCGGAAGUCAAAAAUGACGACGACAGCCAUCGCCAUUCAUCCCCGUUUCACAACCGACACCAUGAUGAAAAAUGAGAAGCUCGGCCUGCAUGGCUCCAGCACAGCCUGAGGGACGAUAUUUCGUAGAUCCACUGAGGAACAUCUGCAGUCAUAUUGUUGACCGCGGGGCAUAUUAAGUAGUGACUACAAAGGCUGAAUUUGUGAGUGCUGUUAUUUAUAAGGCGUUAAAUUCAUAAAUAUAUGCAAAUCUGGAGUUCUAGCUUAUUCAUGUUUAAGAAGGAACAAAAAUACCAAAUAUCUAGUAGCCUUAAUGUCACUGAUAUAAGGAAAAAAUAGUAAAGAUCAAAUGCAUUUUUAAACGUUUUUAUUUGGUGUGUGUUUUGUGUUUUGUACAUAUGUGCAGCAGGAUCACAGUAGUUGUGCUGGAGCCUGAACCUCAAAGGGACCUGACUUUGGUCCAGUCUGUGCUAGCUUAAAGCUCUUUUGUUCUGUUGUUCUAGAGAACAGUAUUACCCAGCGCUAACAUUGCCCUUUGUUGUUCAUAUAUCCACCUGUUUAUAUCUGAUCACACAUUUUCAGUAAAUCGGUUUGUUUUCUGUUUUAUCAGCACUUCUUUUUCUUUUACAUGAUUAAAAUCAUGCAAAACAAAUGUAGAAGUUUGUAUACCAGUUUGUAAAAGUAAAUAAAAUAAGUAAGUAAAAUAACAUUUUCUGGAAGGAUAACUGACCUCAAUACUGUGUUCCAGCUAGAGUUAUUUGUGAUUUAUGUGUUGUCAAGAAAUAAAAUUUCUAUUUUCUCCAAAGACAAAAAAUAUGUAAAAUAAAAAUAACUUCAUUACAGUUUUUAGAGCAAAAAAAAUAAGCAAUUAGUGAAUCUCUCCACUUGGUUUGAAUAAAAUGUGAACACUUUUUUAACACAAA